AUGGCAGGACGACUUGCAAACGUAAACCAACCGCAACAACCACGUUCUCCAUUCGUAUUCCCAGCGCAUAUUCCUCGAGAUAAGUUGCGUUUGGGACAACGUGUGGUGGUUGCUGUGUCACAGGCGAAUAAUUUACAAAUAUUUUUCGGAACAAUUUUAGCUUGUAAUGAUCGUCGCAUUAUGAUUAAAGAAGACGUAAACUCUGUAAAGACUCGUAAAUUCGCCAUUAAAUCAACGAAGAUCCAAUUAUUCGCCGAAGAAGAUUGGCAGGUCGCUGCCUUUCACUUAUAA